AUGCCCCUGGGCAGCAAUCGCGCUGCUGAGGCCCUUCGUCUGCUUGGUUGUGUGCUUCUGUCGGCGAGAUCGGAGCGAUCUGGGAUUGCAGGGGCUGACCUGGAAUUGGCUGCACUGACGACUGCCAAUGUUGUUGAGGAAGGGAUUCUUCCCACUACCUAUCAAGGCACCUGCGGUGGAGAUGACAUCAUCAGCCUCAUGCGUGUGCAGGAGUCGCCAGUCAUGCCCUGGCAAAAGAUUUUCAGUGUUGCUGACAUCUACAUCAAGGCCCAAUCCACGGAGAUACAGCACCUCGAAGCCGAGCUGGCAAGCGCCGACGCCGAGAUUAAAGCUGCCGGCGACCAGAAGGCUGCCACUGUCGUCAACGACACAGAAAUUCGGAGUCUUAUCAUCCAGGGCCUGACGCAGCAAUACGGUGCGGCGAGAAGUUUCGGGUCGCUGGAGGCGGCCAUGGACGUAAAGUGCGGUGCCGACUUGCAAAAGCUCGUGGAGUUUCACCAUCUCAGUGAUGAGUUCCGACGCGAUGACGAUCUCUUUCUUGACUACUUCGAUGUGGCAGUGGAUCGUUUCGGAUCCCUCGUGGCCGAGUACUCUCAAGCAGAGGCCGUCAUCGCACCGGGGUCGGUCCUGAGGACUUGCCUUCAGCUUCUGAACAGUACACUCCGUGAUGACACAAGUGACUGUGAUGAGCUUUGCACUCAACUCGAGAUGGCGGUGCAUCGGAUUUCACUGCCAGGGCUCACUCGUGAAGUCAACCUCGAGUCUGCGCGUAUGAAGCGAGAGCGUACUUGGCUGGCGCUGUCCGCCAAGCAGUCCAAGCUGUUAGAUUGCAUGGCGCGACGGACGGAGCUGGCUGCUGCCAAAGACCAGCUGGAAAGCCUGGAUUCCGCGGCCUUUGCCGCGUGGAGAAUAGAGAAGACGUUUAAAAGGCGGGUCUUUCGUGUCACACGCGUCUUGGCGAGACACCGGGCCGAGCUCAAGCAACAGUACCAGCUCUUGGACAAGCUCCUGCGGUCUCUCGAGCAGAUGAGUGUAAAGGUGACGCCGGGGCACAUGACGUCAG